GCGCCCCCAGCAGCACUAAAAGUCUGCCGAGUGUUGCAAGCCCGCUUUUGUCGGAUGGGACAAGCUGGGAAAAAAACUCUGUCUUUUUUUUUUUUUUUUUUUUUUUUUUUUGCGUGCAGCAACAUGCAAAUAGGUACAGUAUGGCAGACAGACGCGCGACACGAACAGAAAAAAAAAAAGGGUAUUUUGCGGGAAUCUGGACACUUGCAGCGUGGGUACUUUUUUACCUUACGCAAGUUUUUUGCUCGGUCAUGGCAUCAAGGCCCCCCUCCCCCCAGGGAAGUUCCCGAAUGGGUCCCAUUAGGAAUUACACCAAAGGAAGAGAGACCCCCAGAAAAAAGCAGGGCAAAUGGAGACGUUCCGCGGCGGAACGUGUGUCGACGUGUGGAGCAUCUCGCGCGGGAUCCAGCGACGAGCAUCAUUGUGCUCCAGCUGAGCUCCAUCUGGCGACAUGUCGAAAACCUCGGCCUGGCCCUUGUGUUUGUGACGGCAGAUAUUCGGCAUCUGGUAUUAGGAGGUGGACGAGAGAAUCAGAGCAUCAGGAAGCACGAGAAGAGGUAAAGUAAUCGGAAAGACAAUGGCCCAGAUCCAGGACCAGCUUUGUUGGACCAACUUUGGUCGCCAUACAACAGCAGACCACCUCAACCAGGGGUCCUGCAAGUGUUGCGAUUCCAGCACGUCUUGUCCAUGUAAUUUGGACGUAAUGGACGUGGAGUUGCCGAUCCACC